CGGAGGCGGGAUGCUCAGGGCGGCAGAGCCCCGAGAGGCGCGGGUGGAGGCGGGUGGCCACAGUCCCUGGGCAGCGCCACCCUCUCAGUCCAAGCGGCUCACCUCCUUCCUCAUCCAGGACAUCCUGCGUGACCGCGCGGAGCGGUGCGGGGGACACGCAGGCAGCUCGCAGCACCAGCGCCAGUCCGACCCGAGGAGUGACUCUGCGCCAGAGCCGGAGGAAGCAGGAGGUCGCGGCGUGGCUCUAGGGGACCCGCCAAAUAUCCAACCCAGUCCUGCAGAGGCGCCGGCUGAACCCGAGACAGAUGGGCAUUUUGAGACUUAUCUGUUGGACUGUGAACAUACUCCAGGCGACUUACCGAGCACCCCCCAGGUCCCCAAGCCGACCCAGAAGCGUUCCAGGGCAGCUUUCUCUCACACUCAGGUGAUCGAGUUGGAGAAGAAGUUCAGCCAUCAAAAGUACCUGUCUGCCCCUGAAAGGGCUCAUUUGGCCAAGAACCUCAAACUCACCGAAACCCAAGUGAAGAUAUGGUUCCAGAAUAGACGCUAUAAGACUAAGCGAAAGCAACUGGCAGAAGAUCUGGGAGUCUUGGAGAAGAGCUCACCUUUGUCUUUACCAGCCCUGAAAGAAGACAGCCUAUCCAGCACCUCAUUGGUCUCCAUGUACACCAGCUACCCCUAUUACCCGUACCUCUAUUGUCUGGGCAGCUGGCGUCCAACUUUCUGCCCAGGCCCCAUGUUAAAGUACUGUUUGCUGCCUCUUGCUGCUGCUGACCACUGUGGCAGAGAUGGAUCACACAAAAGGCAGAGGAGUCCAUUUCACUUCUCCUUUUAAUCUGUCUUCUUAAAAUCAUCAGUUAGUGCUGGCUUUCUCUGUCAUUCUGAAUUGAAUCCUUUUCGGAAUGCACCUUCCCUGGGAUUAAACUACUGCAGUGCACAGUGUGUGGCAAAAGAGAAAGGAAGGGAAGGCUGUGUUUAAAAUUGUUUUGACUCCAUUUUGCUUUCUCACCACUGGAACUAGUCAUUCACCCACACCUGAACUGGUGGAGAAUAUUUGAAAUGGAAUCUGUUGUCUGGACCAUGGUAAUGGGAUGGUGCCUUGGACCAUAUCAGCGGGAUGACCGAUCUCUAUCCUGUUUCAUAAGUCAGCAAACCCCACUCCGACCUGUGACAUGAAAGUUUGUGACUUGAAGUUUGGUAAAGCACUCUAAUCAAACUUUAUUAUUUUUCUAUGUAUUUUUUGCAACACAUGACUUUUUAAAAAUAAAGCU